AUGGCUCCCCGAGGCCGUGGAGGGAAGUUCAGCAAGCCAACUAGAGGAGGCGGCAAGCAUUUCAGCCGGGAUCUGCAACCGUUGGAUAAAGAUGGAAACCCGAUCGGAAUGUGGAGGGAGGACAAGCAGAUAGAAUCUUCCGAAGAAGAGGAGGAGGAUGACUCUGAAGAAGAAUCGGAAGCUGAUGAGAAUGGAGCCGGCGCUGGAGAAGGGGAGGAAUUAACCCGUGAGCAACGCAAAGCCGCUGCCAAAGCUAGAAAAGAAGCCGCCAUCCGUAAGAAACGACAAGUAGCAGCCGAGCCAGGAGACCUCCCUCCAAGUGAUAGUGAAGAGGAUGAAGACGAUGAGGAUAUGCCAGCCAACCCAAACCACACCGCCAAAGCACGAAACCAGGCAGCUACUCUACCAACGGCCCCAUCCGACGCCGCUGCUGCUCCAGCUGCCAAAAAGGGAGAUGCCUCACAGCUUUCCCGCCGCGAGCGAGAGGCGGUUCAGGCGCAGCAGGCGCGUGAGAGAUACCUCAAGCUACACUCCGAAGGCAAAACAGACGAAGCUCGUGCCGACCUAGCUCGUCUAGCCAUCGUCAAAGAGCGUCGUGAAGCCGAAAAAGCCCGUAAGGAGGCGGAGAAGGAGGAGCGUGAGGAGCGUGAGCGCGAGAAGGCACAGGAACGAGAUGCCAGAGAGGCAAAACUGCGGGCUGCUGCAUUGGGACCUGCGGCAACUAAGAAGAAGGGGAAGAGCAAAUAA